AUGAAUGCCGACGUGCUCCGGGACAUCUUAAGUCUCGUCCAACGGGAGGUAACACAAUGUUUCCAUCCAUUCGACAGACACCCUCAGCUUGUCAGACCCACCGAAACGUACAUUCUCAGCAAGUUGCGCGCGUUGAAGGGUAUGUGGACCAAACCUGUACUAGGCAGCCCAGUAGCGCCGGGUGCCUGGCCGUACGAGAUCAAUGGCUGUGCAGCAUGCAUACUCGCUCGCAUUGUAGUGAAAAAGGAAGUUGUCCUUCUUCUCCGAGUAGCACUGCAAAGCCGGACUCGUACAGGCAGAACUCAUCGACCGCGCAGACUUAUGAUUUUCGUGGAUGAGUGUAUGAAUCGUUUCAGUCAUGAAGAUGCCGAGGAGAUAUUCUCGAUUUCUAGCAAUUUGGCAUAUCGCAUGAAAGAUGCCCGAAAGGCUUGUAGCAAGGCACGUGCCAAGCAGGCGAACCGAAGGGGGUUUCGAUCGGAAGGUUGUGAGCGGGAAGAUAUGCCGGCAAUGUUGGGAGCAAUUGAGGGCCAGGACGAUGACCAUGAUGGAGACAGAGUUGCGAUUUCUGAACAGAUUGGACUGCCACCACAGAAAGCAACACACCUCUCCACCAAUACCGAUAUGAAAUGGGCUGUGCCAUCAGUACCUCGGAGUUCAGUGUCAACAUGCCCCAUUUAUGCUGUUCAGCAUCAAGAUAUGAAACAAUUGGAUUACACAGUUGAAGAGGCUGAUGAGGAGUCUGGGAGUUCAGAAGAUGAGUGUGAUUCUUUAUUCGACCAUGAGCUUGUUGAUGGAUGUCAUUCGGUGCAGAAAACGGAGAAACAAAAAUAA